UAUACCAAACAGAUCAAAACUUAAGCCAACACAAUAACCCUUUUUGACCGUUUUGAUCUGCUUAGCUCUAUUUAGAUACUCCAAUGAAAAAAGUGGGAUCUGUAGGAAUUGACAGGCAACUUUAUCAGUCGUUUAACUCUUUUGGAGAUCGAGUCCAGUGUGUUGCGAUCGACAAUGUUUACAUGAAAUAUGAUUUGAUUUUUUGUUACACGUUAGUAGGAAGGUAGAAGACACAUUCUCUAGCUAAUAUUUAUCCACCACUCGGAAGAAUUUUGAAAUUUUUUUUCUCUUGAAUUAACUCAAAUUUCAUUCACCAUCAUAGAAUCGACUAUGCUGAUUGUAAAUAUUGCAUUCCAUCAUUCCUGUACUCAAGAUCUUGCUUACAAGAUAUUCCACUAGGGAUGUUUAUACCAUGUUGUAGAACCUAUAUUUCCCAUCAAUGAACUAAAGUCUUUAUCCUCCUGAGCUGAAGAAGAACAAGUUACUUAGUAACGUCAUUGGCCAUCAGUUCAAGGUAAGCACACAUCUUACAUCGAAGAAAGUAUGACUAUCUUACUUUUAGCUGAAAACGAUGCUGAAUUCACAAAAUAUAUUAAAUAAAAACAUGUCUUUCAUAAAAAGUCAUCCAGAAGUCCGAAUUUCCAUUAUCGUUCCCCAUGUCCAGAACUGUCCAUUUUUUUCUGGCUCCUUUAAAGUUGAACGUCGGCCCCUUUUGCACGACCUCUUAGAUCCACUACAAUUGAUAUUUGGAUCGGAAGAAAAUGAACUAUUAAUAAUACAACUUUAUAACCUCGCUUCAGAAUCAGCGAUUAGUUCAACGUGUAACAACUUAACAAGACAUUUAAAAGAAAAACAAAAAGCAGUUAUUAAAAAAGGUUGGCUGUUAAAAGUAUUAGAAGUAGGCGCUGGAACAGGAGCAUCAACAUUACCGUUCUUAAAUCACUUACUAGAUUUUGCUAAUCAAACACAAACAAGAAUCGAAUAUAUAUUUACUGAUAUAUCACCAGCAUUUUUUAUCAAAGCACAGAGAACAUUCGAUCAGUUAUUAAAUGAAAAAAAUCAGCAGAAUCUUGUACAUAUAUCCUAUCGAGUGUUAGACUUAAAUGUUGUUGAUAUUAAUAGCACUGUAUUUAACAGUGAAUUGUUUGAUACAAUACUUGAUGUGUAA